CCGGAGGGUGGCUCACGAUACUGUUUCAUCAGCCCUGGCUGCAAAUAGAAACCGAGUCUGCCGGGUUUAGCGCUCCAAACUAAGAAACGAAACGAAACUGAAAUAUUACACCACCAGAAAGGGGCCAGCCCACCGGGGACCAAGUCCUGUUGCUAUUGCAUUUCACUGUCUUGACUGCGAGCCGCAUGAUUGAAUUGCUACCCGGCUUAAUGCGGCCUUCCUACUGCAACUAGCGAGCUAGCUAGAGAAGGUUUAGAGGAAGAAAAAGGCUUAUCAGGCUAUUUUAAAAAGUAAUUUGAAUAGCCAACGCUAAGGAUCGCCACCUCCAGUUGUGCGGUAGCUUUUUAUCUGUAACAGACACGCUAGCUGAAGGCACUGGCCUUUUUUGUGUUUUUUGGUGUAGUUAGCUAGCUAGCUAACGUUAGCUACUGACAACGUAUGAAAGUAAGCUAACUAUCUAAUUCCAAUAUUUAUGCGAAGAUCUAGCCGCAGUUAACGUUGCUGAUAAAGAUGCCACAGAAGCGUCGUUCACAGACCUGGACCGAGCUGAAACAAGCCGGCAAUGAAUGCUUUAAAAAUGGACAGUACGGAGAGGCCGCAAGUCUCUACACGCAGGCUAUCCAAGUCGUGGAGAAGUCAGGUAAGAAGAACCAAGAGGACCUGAGUGUCCUUUACUCCAAUCGUGCAGCCACUUACCUGAAGGAUGGGAACUGUUCCGAAUGUGUGAAGGACUGCACAGUUGCACUCGAUCUGGUUCCCUUCAGUAUCAAGCCACUUCUGCGGCGGGCAGCAGCAUAUGAAGCUUUGGAGAGAUACAGGCUGGCCUAUGUGGACUACAAGACAGCGUUACAGAUAGACUGCAACAUACCUGCUGCCCAUGAUGGAACCAACAGAAUGACGAAGGCGCUAACGGAGCAGGAUGGACCAGCGUGGCGAGAGAAGCUUCCUCCUAUUCCCACUGUUCCUCUUGCUGUGCGUGAGAGGAUGUCUCAGGCAGUCACUCCCACCCCUGUUUCACAGCAGAAUGGCACCUGCCCAAAGGAGAGUCAAGGAGAUGGUGCUGUGAAACAGGCCCUGGCCCUGAAAGAGGAAGGCAACGCACUGGUGAAAAAGGGGGAGCACAAGAAAGCCAUUGAGAAAUACACACAGAGCAUCAAACUCAAUCCCACAGAAGUCACUGCCUACACUAACAGGGCGCUCUGCUACCUUUCUCUGAAGAUGUACAAAGAGGCAGUGCGAGAUUGUGCAGAAGCCCUUAAGCUUGAUUCCAGUAACGUCAAGGCUCUGUACAGACGGGCACAGGCUUACAAGGAGAUGAAAGACUACAAGGCCUGUGUUGAAGACCUUAACACCUUGCUGAAAAUCGAGCCGAAGAACACGGCCGCGCGGAAAUUACAACUUGAAGUGCAGAAGAUUAAGUGAGCCUGCAAUGGGAAUGCCUACGGCCAUUAAGGGCCUGGUGCUGGUUUGAUGUCCACUCUCUAAGUGCCCGUAUUUAGCUGUUCUUCGAUUUCUCAUGUCGCCCGCGAUGUAAACCUGCCAGCCUGUCACCAGCGUUUUUUCAACUGGUGUGGCGUCCUGCUGCAUGCUGUGAUUGAUGCUUUUCCGGUCAGAAUGGGGCCAGUACAGAUAAUAGCCCAGUCACUGCAUUGGUAAUUGAGCCUUAAAUAACUGAAUACCUUGGAGUGAAAACAAAGAAAUAUAUGCAGGGAUUGUAGAUUCAUUCUUUUAAGCAAA